UUCAGGGAGAAGUACCCCAACAUAGCUGUCGGUGCCAUAGCGUCCAGCGCUCCCGUGUUGGCUGAAGUGGACUUCAAAGACUAUUUCGGUGUCGUUAGCGACUCAUUGGGAACGGAGUGCUCACAGAAUAUUCGGAAAGCCUCGCAAGAAUUGGACGAAUUGCUGAAAACACCGGAAGGGGUGAAAAAAGUGCGACAAAUGUUUAAUCUUUGCGAUACUUUCGACGGCACCGAUACCUUAAAUGUCGCUUAUUUUAUAUACGAUUUGUUGGUAUCGAUAGCCAGUUCCGUUCAAUACAAUAUGGAUAUCGGUGGUAUUUGUCGGAUAAUGAAUAACCCGAGUGGUGGCACUCCGUUGCAAAGGUAUGCCAAACAACACGGUUAUCCAGACAAUAAACGUGAUGAUUGCGAUGAUGUUCAGUACACUGACCUGGUUAAGUCAUUGAAUCAUACGUCUAAGGGAGGCAUUGGA